UUCACAUUAGUCCAUCUCUGUGUAGUUUUACUCUCUCCCGCUCUGCUAGGGUUUUACUUCCACCGAACCUUCUCGAAAUCAUGAAGCUUGCGCCGUUGAACACCGUACAGAACGCCCACGACGACUCCGUCUGGACGGCGGCGUGGGUUCCGGCGACGGAGGCUUCGGCGCCGCUGCUCCUUACAGGCUCACUUGACGAAACGGUGCGCCUGUGGAAUCCGGAGGGUCCUCAGAAGGUCCAGACGAACACCGGCCACCAACUCGGCGUUGUGUCGAUCGCUGCCCACCCAUCCGGGAGAAUCGCGGCGUCGUCUUCCAUUGACAGCUACAUACGCGUGUUUGACGUCGCCACCAACAACACCAUUGCGACUCUGGAGGCGCCACCGUCUGAAGUGUGGCAAGUGCAGUUCAAUCCUCAGGGCACAACAUUGGCUGCAGCCGGCGGCGGAAGUGCUUCAGUGAAGCUAUGGGACACUGCCGAAUGGAAACUAGUAGCUUCCUUAGAAGCUCCUCGGCUGGAAGGCUCGAGGCCAUCGGAUAAAAGUCGCAACAAGAAAUUCGCCCUCUCGGUAGCAUGGAGCCCCGACGGAAAACAAAUAGCUUGCGGUGCAAUGGACGGCACCAUCUCGAUCUUCGACGUGGUGCGCGCGAAAUUCAUGCACCACUUAGAAGGCCACUCCAAGCCCGUCCGGAGUCUCGUCUACUCGCCGACGUCACUCGAUUCCCGAGUGCUCUUCUCCGCCUCGGAUGACGGCCAAGUCCACAUGUACGACGCCGAGAGGAAAACCUUGAUUACUUCCCUUUCCGGGCACUCUAGCUGGGUGCUGAGCGUCGACAUCACUCCCGACGGGUUGGCAAUCGCGACGGGAUCGAGCGACAAGACGGUUAGGCUGUGGGAUCUUAAGAUGAGGGCCGCGACCCAGAUUUUGACGAGCCACGAGGACCAGGUUUGGACAGUGGCUUUCGGGCCUCCGUUGCAGACGGACGUGCGAUCUUGUCUGCUCGCCAGCGUGUCUGACGACAAGAGCGUCGCGUUCUAUCGAUAUUCUUGAACCUCUGGAGAAAAAAAAAGGUACACAUGGCUGAUCCCUGACCCCUAUUUGGUUUUUGAAUAUAUGGUUUCUUUGCUGCUAUGAUAAAAAUUAUGUGCAAAAAUUUGGCUGUGGUUUUAGGGCUUGUGUUUGUGCUAUUAUAAUUGUGUGCAUUGUUGAUGUUGGUUUAGAAAAUUGAAAUUCAUGUUUGUGUUUCGUAGUUAAUUUUAUUUAUUUAUUUGUUUA